UCAGUGUCUUCAUCUUUCUCCAAAGGCCAAAGACAAGAAAUUUUGGCUUAUUACAGACAAACACAUAUAAUUCCUUCUAUAUAUGAUCCAUUUGACCAAAUUUUUUUGUCUCACUUGUAUAGUCUAAAGAAUCUAGUCUAUUUAAAAUAUAUUUCCACUAACAUGCAGAUCCUUCAAUGGCUUUUCAAGAAUGCAAAUGAGACCAAUUUUAACACCAAUUCUAGCAAGAAGCAAGUUGUUACUGAUGAGGAAGUGAAAUCCCAAGGCAUUGUCCUGUUUGGGAUUUCUCGAAAAAAGAGAAAUCGAGCUGGAAAAUCAGCAAAUUCAUGCUGCUGCAACAUCCUCAAUUUGUUCAACACAUUACGCAGAAAAGACAUUGCGAAAGAUUAUUUCUACAGCACGAUUCGUCUAAAGAGAUUGGAAAGUUCGCGAAGGAAACAACAAUUUGUAGAUUGCAUGAAGAUGAAAAAACAGAGUCUUACUCGUGGAUUAAGCUUUCGUCGAAAGUCAGAUUCUGCCACAGCCAAAGUUUUGCCAGUUAGUGAUGGCCAUAAGGAGCAAAAUUUUAGUGCAGAUAAGAAGGAAAAGGCUAAUGGAAAUAAAAUCAAGACAGUUUCAAAGAUGAAGGAACUAAUAAGAUGGGCUACUGCUGCUAAAUCACAAAAGGGAGGAAAAUACUUUGGUCAAAAGGUUCUGCACUUACGCGAUAGGUCGGACUUAAAGGCAGUACCAGAUGAUGAUCAACUGAGCUAUGACUCUCCAAAGAUCAGCUUCAGAUGGGAUGUUGAUCAAAAUUACUCUGCAAUUUCAGUGACAAAAAAUCACCAAUCUAUAAAAAAUUCCCCUUUUAACUCAACUAUGGUCCAUAUAGAUCAGUGCCCUGCAGCAACUAGAAAAGGAAAUUGGGUUACCACAGAUUCUGAAUUUGUGGUACUAGAGCUAGAGGUAUGAAGAAGAUUGGUGGUCUCUGUGCCACGUGGAUUAUAGUAAUUUGUUCAUCAACUUUGCUACUUUGAUGUAACGUUAUUUGUUUAACGCACAUGACAUUCACCUUAUAUGUCAAUUUUAUAUUCUAACCAACGUUCAACGAUAACAAUAAUGUGUCUGGAGGCUGCUAAAAACCCACGAAUAGCAAGUGCUUUUUCUUGUGUGGAUCUUAUUUU